UAUAGUGAAAAUUAAUAAGCCAAAGGCAAAACUCAACCAAGCUCUCAGCUACGCCAGUCCUCACGUUAUCUUCUAUUUUUCUGUCUGUCUGCCAUGGAAGAGCUUAUAAUCUCUCCAUCUUCAUCUUCUUCAUUAGUUUCCUUUUCACAAAAAACCCCACCUUCAACUUUCCAGCAGAGGCUCCAACAUGUAUUAGAAAGGCAGCCGGAUUGGUGGGCGUACGUUAUUUUUUGGAAGACGUCGAACGAUGACCAGGGUCGCCUGUACUUGUCUUGGGGAGACGGUCAUUUUCAGGGCACCAAACAUACGUCCCCAAAGUUUCGUGCCAACAGUUCCGACAUUCAGGGCUUGCACAAUGAACGAAGGAAGGUGAUGAAGGGAAUCCAAGCCCUCGUCGGAGACAAUCACGACAUCGAUAUGUCGAUGAUCGACGGCCCUGAUAUCAGCGAUGCUGAAUGGUUCUACAUGUUAUCUUUGACUCGAAGUUUCUCCGCCGGCGAUGGGAUCCCGGGCAAGUCUCUCACUACUGGCUCUUUGGUGUGGUUAACCGGUGCACAUGAGUUGCAGUUUUACAAUUGCGAAAGGGCUAAAGAAGCACAAUUGCACGGUAUUGAAACACUGGUCUGCAUACCAACAUCUGGUGGCGUUCUUGAACUCGGCUCCUCGGAAAUUAUCAGGGAAAAUUGGGGAUUAGUCCAACAAGUGAAGUACUUAUUGGAGUCGGAUCCCAUCGAUAUGCUACCAAAACAAUCAAAUCCAAUCGAAUUCCUUGAUAGAAGCAUCUCAUUUUCCGGCAUCGGCGUAAUCGCCGGUGUUCAAGAAGACCACAACAACGUCACCAAGAAAGAUUUUACAAGAUCCGGUGAAUUGUCCUUUGUCAACUCAGAGCAUUCGGAUUCCGAUUGUCCACUGCUUCCAUUGAACAACACAGAGAAGAGAAUCCCAAAGAAACGUGGAAGAAAACCAGGUUCCGGACGAGAGACAAUGUUGAACCACGUCGAAGCCGAAAGGCAACGCCGUGAGAAGCUGAACCACAGGUUCUAUGCACUCCGAGCCGUUGUCCCGAACGUGUCCCGCAUGGACAAAGCAUCCCUCUUGUCCGACGCAGUUUCAUAUAUCAACGAGCUGAAGUCCAAGAUCGAAGACCUCGAAUCGGAGCUUCGUAGAGUGUGUAAGAGAGUGAAGGCAGAAACAAUCGAUGUCAUGGAUAACCAAAGCACAACCACCACCACCUCGGUGGAGCAGAUAACAACAACAGCCCAACCCAGCAAUUCAUCAUCAGCAACAGCAACCGAUGGGUCUAGUGAAGUCGAACUAGACAUCAAGAUAAUCGGAAAUGAUGCAAUGAUCAGGGUCCAAUCGGAGAACGUGAACUAUCCGUCGGCAAGGUUAAUGGAUGCCCUUCGUGAGUUGGAGUUUCAGGUCCAUCAUGCAAGCAUAUCCUGCGUUAACGACAUCGUGCUCCAGGAUAUCGUCGUCAAGCUCCCUCAUACACUCAAAACUCAUGAACAGGGCCUCAAAUCUGCACUUCUAAGGAAACUUCAGCAGUAAAGUUCACUUUUUUUUUUUAUUGAUUCUGUAUUUUACUUCAUCGGAUUUGCCUUUGAGCUUGAACUCUGCUUGUCAUGUAAAUUAUUAAGAAGAUAAAUUCAAGCAGCUAUCUUAUUAUUAUC